UUUAUUGAACUGAUAUAGAAUUUGUUUUGAAAAUAUCUCAAUAAUAAUAUAUAUUUCUGGAUAUAUCUUUAAUUUUGCGCAUAUAUACGCACAAAUGCGGAACAAAAACAUCUGUUUUUAAUUAUUUAAGCUUCAUUACCAUAUGUGCAAAUACUGCGAGAGCGCGCAUACGAAUCAAUUUAUCAUCUUUUUUUCAUCUCUCAUCUAGCUUUCCUUUAAAUUAUAUUCUACAAGUCAUUGACUCGCAAGUCAUCGUAUAUUGCGUCAUAUAUCCUAUAAAUAUAUUUUCUGAAUAAUAAUAUUGAUACCGUAAUGCGCGCUCGUGACGUAAUAACUAUAUUUACAAUCGUAACAUUAAUAUUAUUACAUUUGUCACAUCGCAUUAUAUUUGAAAAAAACUUAUUACAUCAGGAGGAAAAAAAAUAUAUAUGAAUGAAAUAGUAGUGUAUAUAUAUGAAUCGAGAGUAAUUUGAUGUCUAAUUUACAACCGAAAAAAGGGAGAGGCAUAUCUGCUAAUUGUUCGGAUAAUUUGCUUGAUUCGUGAUCACAUCUUGUGAGAUGUUGAGGACCGUUCGCGAAGUCUUUCACAAUUAUCGUGAUGAGUUAAAUCACUCUCUAUUUUAUCAACAUUACUAAGCUCGAAUCGUCUCUCGAUUGUGUCGCAGAAAAAUUUGAUUACAUCAUAUUGAGAAGUAUCAGCUAGUGUAUAUAUAUGUAUUUACACACACACUGUUACAAUGAUUCUUAUUUAUCACGGUGUAUAUAAAUACGGGCGAUCGUUGUAUCACCGCGACAGUUUUUAUUCACUUCUACGAGCGUGGUUUCUGUAUCAAUAUUCUUUAGCUGGAGCUCCGAUUUUGGAUUCGUUAUCAUUGCUCGUGGAAUAGAAGUUUUGUCGUAAGGUUUCGCGCGAUUAUGGAUUCGACGGUAUUUCGUACUCGUUAUCACGGUACACCAGCCGAGGGUGUCAAGGAUCAAUACGCGGAUGGCAAAGCGGCGAAAGUCUGGGAAUUCUUCAUCGGUGACAUUAAGCAACGUACGCAGAAUUAUCGGGACUUUCUGGUAGGUCUGCUGCGACAAAACGGAUGCCAUCGAAUAUUGGAUGUAGCUUGCGGCACCGGGGUCGACUCCGUGAUGCUGCUGGAGGAGGGCUUCGAGGUCGUAAGCAUCGACGCCUCCGACAAGAUGCUCAAGUACGCACUGAAAUCCAGAUGGGAACGUAGGAAGGAGUCUGCCUUUGACAAAUGGGUGAUUGAAGAGGCGAAUUGGCUAACUCUAGCCAGCGAUAUUAGUCAUCUCAUCGGAGAAGGCUUCGAUGCCGUUAUAUGCUUGGGAAAUAGUUUCGCCCACAUGCCUGAUACUUUCGAUGAUCAGAGAGAACAGAGGCAAGCCUUGACGAACUUUGAGCGUUGUGUAAGACCGGGAGGUUUACUGCUUAUCGAUCACAGGAAUUAUGACUAUAUAAUCAAUACCGGCGAAACUCCUCCCAAAUGCAUAUAUUAUAAUAGCGAGCAUAUGAUGGACAUCAAAACAUCGGUACUCUAUGUAUCCGGAAAGCCGAAGAUCAUUACCAUGGAUUACAUGAUCGCUCAAGACGAGAAAAAUAAAGACAAUCUCGAGUACAGUGAAUUCCGGCUGUCGUAUUACCCUCACAAAUUAACAGUUUUCCGUGAUAUGCUGGCAGAGACAUUCAGCCACAGAGCGAAACACAUAAUCUAUGGUGACUUUAAGCCACUCAAUGAGAUCAAGAAUCCCGGGUUUUACAUCCACGUGCUGCAAAAAUAAUUUUAAUAAGCGAAGCAUGAAGAAUCGAAUGUGAUAUCUAUUUUUAAACAGUUAUCGGUUUUUCGCGGGACAACCAAAAACGUUCCAUCACAUGAGACUGAAUGAUAUUAGAAUGUUGAUCAAUCUGUUUAGAAACGAGUUGUGUGAAUUAUUUCUCGAUUAAGAUGAAAUGUUUUUUUAUCACAUAUGUAAAAAAAGGCUUUAUUCAAUUAAAACUUACUAUCUAAUAGAUUUUAUAAUCACAAAAUCAUAAAAACAUAAAAACGUGUACUUAUAUACAUAAUAAAAAUAUAUAUCGACAAAGAAA